AUGGUCUCCGUAGCGCUUACGCUCAAUCAAAGUGCCUCCGCCAAUUCUUUGGGGUCGCACCCCGGGUGCCAGGCAAAUCAGACUCCCUUGUCUGCAACUCUUCGUCGUGGGAGUACACCCCAGCAGACGACGGUGGCCUUCGUGGAGGCGUUGGACCAUCUUAGCACGAAGUUGAAGAUCCCCAUGAGUGCGGUGGAGCCAACAAAUGCCCUGCAAGAUGAUGGGCUUGUGCCUGGGAUUUGUCGUCUGUUUCUUGAGGGUCGCUGCAGGCAAGGUAGUCGCUGCUUUCAAGUUCACGCACGCCGUGAUGUUUUGGAUUCACUUCGUAAAGAAGCGCUUGAAACCCCUUCCUGCUGCUAUCUUCAUGGCGCCCCAUGCAAUUAUGAAGGACUGCCAUUUAAUCUUACAGUAAACAUCGGGAGCAAAGCAGUUGGCCUUCAUUCACUAAAUCCGACAAACUGCCUCUGGAGUAUAUACAGUGAGCAUGGAGAAACUCUACUUACUGUGUCGAAGGGUCGUGUUUGUCGUGAACACAGGCGUGGCUUGUGCCGCUUUGGUGAGGAGUGCGGGUUUUUGCACAUUUGUCGAGAGAUCCCACUUGAUGGCGACGAAUACAUCAGCGCAACUCCUGUACCCAUUCCGCGUGUACAGGGCAGGGGGACACGAGCUGGCGAAGCUUCUGCUUCAGCGGUUAAUUGCAUAAAUAAUGCCAGUAGGGACGUCUCUGGCGAUAUUCACCACCAAAGCUUAUGUGGGAGCCAAAUGGAAGAAACGAACGUUACCACAAGAACUCCGAAUGCUAGCAGCUUUAACAAUACCAGCUUCAACGGUGGUUAUUUUUCUGGUGGCUUGAAUGGCCAGCACGGAAGUUGUAAUAACCAGAGCAACUCCCUUCAGGGCAUCGAGAGUGGAUACGGUACUCCCUGUAGUACUUCUCGUAGUCGCAUGUCCUAUGGCUACCGCGCGAAGUAUAUUGCCCAUGCCGACGGGGAGGAGAGGGCGAUUAAAGGUCCAUUGUUGCGUCCAUUGGGUGGAGGGGCUGUUCUGCCACGCGGUCCGAUGGGUCAGCGGCACAAUCCUUACGGCGAUGCUUCCUCUUUUCAGUAG